CUCUGGCCUUAAACCUACUCUUUCAAUCUCUUUAAUCUGCUUUCUCAGGGCUCCAGCCCACAUUAUUUAUAGUCCACUCUUAUUUACCAAGUCCUCCAGGUAAUAAACUAAUAGGAUUCAAGCCUCAAAAUACUUCCCAGGGAACACACACAUCUCACAUCCCCAGCGAAGCACUAUUGGCAAGGCACUAGGGGAGGGACUAGCAGGGAAGCAUAAGAAGCCUCGGAACAGAGAGGAAGCCUCAGAAUAACCUGACAAGAGAAGGGCCAGCAGAAGAGGUGAGAUCUGAACACUCCCCUCACAGAAUCCCUGCAGUGUGACAACUGAUCUGAAAUGGCAGACAGAUCCAAAGUCUUUAAGAAAACCAGCCCCAAUGCAAAGCUCUCCAUCUACCUGGGGAAGAGAGAUUUUGUGGAUCAUGUUGAUUAUGUAGAACCCGUAGAUGGUGUCAUCUUGAUUGAUCCAGAAUAUCUGAAGGAUAGAAAAGUGUUUGUGACCCUGACAUGUGCAUUCCGCUAUGGCCGAGAUGAUCUGGAUGUUAUUGGUUUGAGCUUCAGGAAGGAUAUCUGUGCCAUGGCCACUCAGAUUUAUCCUUCUGUGCCAAAACAGGCACCAGCAACCCUCAGUCCAUUGCAGGAAAAGCUGAUGAAGAAGUUGGGCGAGAAUGCUUACCCUUUCACUUUUGAGAUUCCAACCAACUUGCCCUGCUCAGUCACUCUCCAGCCAGGGCCAGAUGAUGUUGGAAAGGCCUGCGGAGUGGACUUUGAAGUCAAAGGAUUUUGUGCUGAAAAUCUGGAGGAGAAAAUUCACAAGAGGAAUUCAGUGAGGCUGGUGAUCCGAAAAGUCCAGUUUGCUCCACUGAACUUGGGUCCAGCCCCAAAGGCAGAGACUACUAAGCAGUUCAUAAUGUCUGACAAGCCACUGUACCUUGAGGCCUCGCUGGAUAAAGAGAUCUAUUACCAUGGUGACCCAAUCAGUGUCAAUGUUAACAUCAACAACGCCACAUCCAAGAUUGUGAAAAAAAUUAAAAUAACAGUGGAGCAGAUCACAGAUGUGGUUCUUUUUUCAUUGGACAAAUAUACCAAGAUUGUAUGUAAUGAAGAGAUAAAUGAAACGGUGGCUGCCAAUUCCACCGUCUCCAAAAGCUACACAGUGACCCCCACCCUAGCGGCCAACCGUCAGCAGCGUGGCCUGGCACUCGAUGGCAAACUGAAGCAUGGGGACACCAACCUGGCCUCCAGCACCAUCCUAAGACCUGGCAUGGAGAAAGAGGUCCUGGGGAUCCUGGUCUCCUACAAUGUGAAGGUCACCUUGGUGGUAUCCAGAGGAGGCAUCCUGGGAGAUCUCACUUCAAGUGAUGUUGGUGUUGAGUUGCCACUUAUUCUCAUGCACCCAAAGCCAGCUGAUGACAUGCCAAGUGAGGAGGACAUUGUGAUAGAGGAAUUUGCUCGUCAGAAUCUCCAGGGGGAGAAGGAUGAUGACGAUGACAAGGAGGAACCUGACAAAGAAGGAAGUUAACUUGCUCCCUGGCCAAAAUAGAGUAGUGACCAGUCACCAAUCUAGUACACCAGCAUGUGGGACAUAGAUCUGGUAGUGCAGUCCCCAGUGUGCUGUGAAAGUACUCAAACCAGUGUUAUAUUUGUGAUGUAAUUAAUUCUUGUAUCUUCUUUCCUUCUCACCACCCCUACCCCCAUCCCCUGCCAACUGAUCCUUGUACUAGUCCUGAUUCCAAUGGCAUAAGCAGACCAUACAUUUACUAGUGAUAAACAGUAACACUCUUUGUAUGAAAUUAUCAUGUCUUGACAGAACAGGAGUCUCAGCUAUUUCCACUCACUAGCUGACAGACCUUUG